GCCUUGCUCUGCCUCGCUGCGCCUUGAAACGCCUCCUCACGCGUUCCCCGCGCUAAACGUGCAACUCGCGAAACAAACGACGCCUUGAGGCGAUUUGCUGCCGCCUCGCUCCGACACGCGCUCCGAUGCUCGCGAAGGCAUGCCUUUGAAAACACUGAUAUGAAUGACCUUUUUAUGCAAAUUAAUUCCUACUUUCUUUAUGGAGAAAUUAGAUAUUGCUACCAUCUAUGGAAUGAUUUGACACCAGACUCUUGCUGAGGAGCAAGUGCUGAAGUUACGAGGAUUUGCCGGACUAGGUUCGUCUCCGUGGUCGUGAAGCAUAUUUGCAGAAAAAGGGAUAUUAUCGAGGGCCAAGCACCAGGCUUGACGAAGGAUGCUGAAAGGUUCUUAGUUUUGAGCAAUAUUGAUCAUCGCUCGUGGAAGGAGCACUUACAGGCACUUAAGUUGGUUCAGCAAGCUGUGGGAUUAGUUGGAUGCGCACAGAGGGAUCCACUUAUUGAAUAUAAGCUUGAAGGCUACAAUCUUUUUCUUAGAGGUGAUGGCACAGAUAAGAAAAAAUGUUAUAUAUUCCAUAUACCAGGUAUCCGUGUCAUAAUUAUGUCGCGCCCUAUUUGAGACUACUAAGGCAGGCGGUGGACUGUUUCAUUAGGGAAGGGAAAAUGGGGCCUAAGCACGGCAGAUGUCGUACACUUGAGUGGUAAAGGAAUCCAAGGUCUGUAUUUGAUACGUGUUAUAACUCCGUUUCUUAAUCUGUAAGUCAUCUUCGUCUACGAAACAAAAAAACAGAGAGAAUUAAUCAAUCUGUGUGUGUUGAUUUUCGAUUGCAAUUUCAAUAUGAGGAAUUAGGGAUGAAGAAACAAGUGCUGCUGCAAGUGUGUUUCACUUUCACAAGGAUUCUGAAAGUAAUGGCUCCUCCUACUCCUACAAUUCCAACUUCAAAAACUCUUGUUGUCGGUCCUCCAACACUGCUCACAAGAAGAUUAAUGGCUUCCAACUCCAACGGUGACAUGGCCAAGAAGAUAUCCAUAUCCCCUAUUUGCUCCUCAUUCUCUUCCUACGGUGAUCCCUGCCAUGAUAUGUUUUUCCAGGUGACACAACCAGAAACACGCAGCGAUGAAGAGACGACCCAGCAGCAGCAGCAGAACUAGGCGUCCCUUAACUACCUGAAGACACUGCUGCCGGUGGCCUGGUCCCAUAAUCCCCUAACCACCCUCAAGCUCAUCUUCAAUCUCCAUGCCAUUCCUAGCAGUGGAAAAUGUUAUCCGGAAGGCUUCUACACAGCUGUGUUUUGGCUCCACCAGAAGCACCCCAAGACGCUAUUAUGCAACCUCCCCUCCAUGGCUGAUUCGUUAGGGGCUUUGUAUGUUCUUAUCGAGAUUCUCUACCGCCUUCUAGAACAAGACUAAGACGCUGCAAAGAGGCUCCACUGUGACCCAGACUAUCAGUUGUUACACGACCGGGCAAUGGAUGUCUUCGUAGAGAGGUUGAAGUCUGAUAUUGACAAAAUGAAGCAGCACAAGCUGAAUUUGAAGCCAUCGGAUUAUAUAACUGACGGUGAUGAUGAUGACGACGAUGAAGAUGAUAAAGAUGGUACUCUUGACGCCGCCGCUUAUGCUGAUCUUUUUGUUAGCGAGGCUGCAGGGUGUUGCGUUACCAAACAACCCCAAGACUCCCACGCUGCCCGCACCAUUUUUCUGUGUGAAAGCAUUGCGAGGAGGCUUUGCCCACCCAAAUCAGACCAACCAAAUCAAUCUUAUCAAUCAGAAGAGUGGGAGCGGAUCAGGAAUGAGGUUUUGGCGCCCUUGAAUAGGUACUGGAAGCGUCAAGGCAUGUUUAUUGGACGACAGCGCUCUGAAGUUAAGAUGUAUUUGGAGGAGGUGAAAAAAGCAGGAGGAAGAGGAGGCAAUUUGAGUGGCCAUGGCAGCAUAAUAAAGCAUGAUGCUAUGCUCCCAAAUGAGAUCAUACGCUAUGUAGUAGAAGAUGGGGAUGUCAGGGAAGGGGCUGAGCUUCAGUGGAAGGCAAUGGUGGAGGAUAUGUACCUAAAGCAGCAAAAGCAGGGGGAGGGUUUGGGAAAAUUUAAUAACUACUUGGCAGUGUGUCACAUCAGCGAUUACAAUGGCCUAACGCGCUUGGCGGUGAGUUUGGGACUUUUGGUGUCUAAACUGAGUGAAGAGCCAGUAUGGAAAGGAAAUGUGAUCAGUUCCGGUCAUUUGCCGGAUCAGCUGAUGCUGCAUUUGAUACAAGGGGAUGAUCUCAAGUCCAAGUGCGAGUUUAUGAUGAGGAAAUGCAGCAGGAACUUGGUAUCCUUUGUUGAUAAAAGGAAGGUAUUGGAUUUUAUUCUGGAAGUGGCUACGAAAGAGAACUUGAAGGCAGAGCAGAUGGUUAAGAAGGUGUUUGUGUUCGCUGACUACGGUGGAUAUGUUGGGGGUACAUCCUGGAAGACUCUGUAUGAGGCAAAACAGAGAGAGUUUGAAGAGAAAGGGUAUGGGGAUGAUGCAGUGCCUCACAUUUUGCAUUGGGAUAUUUCGUACCAGAAGAUGCCUCGUAUAGAAGAACAUCAUCCAGGGGUGACGCUAAUGAGUGGCGUCUCUGACAAUUUGGUCAAGUCCUUCUUGAACAACUGUGAGGAAAUUGGCCCGCACCAUCUGAUGGAAGCAGCCAUUGCUGACAAAGCGUAUCAAGCUCUCACUGUGGUCGACUGAGCUUCGAGCGUUGAUGAUCUAAUUAAUCUGAUGAUUCAUCAUCUCUCCAUCAUGAAUUAGCAGUAUCUUUAAUUUAGUUUUGUUUCACUUUUGCACUAAUAUCUUAGCCUAGCCAGUUCUUAGAUAGAUAUAUGUUUUAGAUUCCUGAUCACAUUUGAAAUCAUCAUCAUGCAUAUCAUUUGUUUAUUUAAUUUUAAAGUUGAG